GGCCUGUCCCCGGCCAGUCCCCACUCCGGGCAGCCUGGCUUUAUGACUUCACAGGCUGAAGUCAUGUAGGGGGACAAUGCUGGGUGUUCCACACCUCCAAGUGCAGGCCCAGACCGGCCAGACGGCUUCCCACAGUGCAAACGAGGACAAUGCCUGCUGGCCCAGGUUGGGAGGGGAUGUAGAGGGCAGUGGCGCCAGACGCUCCUGGCACCAUGGAUGAUGCCGCAGUCCUAAGGAAGAAGGGUUACAUCGUGGGCAUCAACCUGGGCAAGGGCUCAUACGCAAAAGUCAAAUCCGCCUACUCCGAGCGCCUCAAGUUCAACGUGGCCGUCAAGAUCAUCGACCGCAAGAAGACUCCCAUGGACUUUGUGGAGAGAUUUCUUCCCCGGGAGAUGGACAUCCUGGCGACCGUCAACCACCGCUCCAUCAUCAAGACCUACGAGAUCUUUGAGACCUGCGACGGCCGUAUCUACAUCAUCAUGGAGCUCGGAGUUCAGGGCGACCUACUCGAGUUCAUCAAGUGCCGGGGGGCCCUGCACGAGGACGUGGCACGCAAGAUGUUCUGGCAGCUGUCCUCAGCCGUCAAGUACUGCCACAACCUGGACGUCGUCCACCGAGACCUCAAGUGUGAGAACCUUCUCCUUGACAAGGACUUCAACAUCAAGCUGUCAGACUUCGGCUUCUCCAAGCGCUGCCUGCGGGACAGCAGUGGGCGCAUCAUCCUCAGCAAGACCUUCUGUGGGUCGGCGGCGUACGCGGCCCCCGAGGUGUUGCAGGGCAUCCCCUACCAGCCCAAGGUGUAUGACAUCUGGAGCCUGGGCGUGAUCCUCUACAUCAUGGUCUGUGGCUCCAUGCCCUAUGAUGACUCGGACAUCAAGAAGAUGCUGCGCAUCCAGAAGGAGCAUCGCGUCAACUUCCCGUGCUCCAAGAACCUGACAGGCGAGUGCAAGGACCUUAUCUACCGCAUCCUGCAGCCGGACGUCAACCGGCGGCUGCGCAUCGACGAGAUCCUCAGCCACUCAUGGCUGCAGUCCCCCAAGCCCAAAACCGUGUCUUUGGCCUCCUUCAAGAGGGAGGGUGAAGGCAAGUACCGGGCUGAAUGCAAACUGGACACCCAGCUGGGCUCGCGGCCCGAGCACUGGCCUGAGCACCAGCCCAACCACAAGCUGGGGGCCAAGACCCAGCACCAGCUGCUGGUGGUGCCCGAGAACGUGGACAGGAUGGAGGACCGGCUGGCUGAGACCUCCAGGGCGAAGGACCAUCACCACGUCUCCGGAGCCGAGGUGGGGAAGGCGAGCACCUAGCGGUGCGGAGGGCCUGGGGGGCAUGGCGUGGUGAGCACCCUGUAAGCUAAGUAGGAGGUAGAAGCUGAAGAAGGCACAGGUGCAAGAACGAGUAAAAUCCGUCAAUUAAACCAUUAUUUUGAUUAC